CCUGGGAAGGGAAGGGAAGGGGCGAGGGAAGGAUGGAGGCUGCGCUGGGCUGCACAGCGGCGGGAGAGCCCCUGCCAUAGGGACGGCACUGCCAGCGCUGCUUUGGGACAGCACGGACCGCCGCGCCACAAAGGCUUUUUUUUUUUCCUAUGUUGGAUGUUGCCAUUCUAAAGGAUUCUCAUCAUGAUCGAUAGCUCCAAGAAACAGCAGCAGGGCUUUUCCGAGAUUUUAUCUGCAGGAGAUCUUAAGCCACUGAAGGAGAAGGAAUGCCUUGAGGUGAACAGCCAGAAAAGCCUCAAGGAAGUACUUCAGCUGAGGCUGCAACAGAGACGGACACGAGAACAGCUGGUGGACCAGGGCAUCAUGCCACCUUUGAAAAGUCCAGCUGCAUUCCAUGAGCAGAUCAAGAGCCUGGAGCGAGCCAGGACGGAGAAUUUCCUGAAGCACAAGAUCCGCAGCCGGCCGGACCGCUCGGAGCUGGUCAGGAUGCACAUCCUGGAAGAGACCGUGGCAGAGCCCUCUCUGCAGGCCACUCAGAUGAAACUCAAGAGAGCUCGGCUGGCAGAUGAUCUCAAUGAGAAGAUUGCUCAGAGACCUGGCCCGAUGGAACUUGUAGAAAAAAAUAUCCUUCCUGUAGACUCCAGUGUUAAAGAAGCUAUUAUAGCAGUUGGACAAGAGAAUUAUCCUCAAGCUUUGGAUGAUUUUUCAUUUGAUGAAGACAGCAGUGAUGCUUUAUCACCAGAUCAGCCAGCCAGCCAAGAAUCCCAGGGUUCAGCAGCUUCCCCUGGUGAGCCAAAAACCAGUGACUCACCAUCACCUGUAACCCCAAAUGCUGCUACAUCCACACAGUAUCCACCUUUAACCUCUCCAGUUCCUGAAUUUCUCAAAACUCCCUCAACAAUCGAACAGCACGUCACACGUUCCACUGCUGCCACCACCCUGACCACAAGCACUGUCUCUGCAGCAAAGCCUGGGCCAACCUUAGUGAAGCAAAGCCACCCAAAGAACCCAAAUGAUAAACAUCGGAGCAAGAAAUGUAAAGAACCCAAGCCAAGGGUGAAAAAAUUGAAGUAUCAUCAAUAUAUUCCACCUGAUCAGAAAGGUGAGAAAAAUGAGCCACAGAUGGACUCCAACUAUGCUCGUCUGCUACAACAGCAGCAACUGUUUUUGCAGCUGCAGAUCCUGAGCCAACAGCAACAACACUACAACUACCAGACAAUUCUGCCUGCACCGCUGAAGCCACUGAAUGACAAACAGAGUAACAAUGGGAACACGCCACUGAACACUCUGAACAACAACAGCACCCCAACAUCAGCUGCCAGCUCCCCCAGGCAGAACAGCAGCGUGCCCAGCAGGAAACCUGGACCUCUGCCUGCCAGCCUGGACGACCUGAAGGUAGCAGAGCUUAAAAUGGAGUUGAAAUUGAGGGGAUUACCAGUGUCUGGAACAAAAACAGAUCUCAUUGAGCGUCUGAAAACCUACCAAGAUCUUAACAACAACGGGGUCGCUACAAGUACCUCUGUGACAGUAACCACUUCUGCUGGGGCCACAGGUAACACGGGGGAAGUGACUGUGGCAUUUCCUGUCGCAACACUAAAUAAACCAGUGGCUAAUCCGAUAUCCAGCUUCCCUCCAGAAAAAACAUCUACUGGAACUGGCAGCAAAGUAGUGAACACUGAAAACAUCAGCUCUCCUUUGCCUAUAUCCCCCUCUCCCUCAGAACAGUCGAGUCUAAGCACGGAUGACACGAGCAUGGCAGAUACUUUCACGGAAAUGAUGACCAUGAUGUCACCGUCGCAGUUCUUGAGCACAUCCCCCCUGAGAGCAAACGCGAGCGAUGACAACCAGAGCCGCAGCAGCAUCUCAGCCAUAGAGCUGGAUGUGGCAGAAAAGGACCGCAAGCUCCAAGAGAAGGAGAAGCAGAUUGAAGAGCUCAAAAGGAAACUGGAACAAGAGCAAAAACUUGUGGAAGUAUUGAAAAUGCAACUUGAGGUUGAAAAACGGGGACAGCAGCAACAAUCUCAGCCUUCUGGGAACUCGGCUGCGUUGGAACAGAAGCAGUUCAUUGCCGCUGUCAAGGAUGAAACUGCUCCUGCUGACUGCUCGAGUACCGUUCAAUCCGUACCUGUGGCCAGCCAUUCCUUAGGACAGGCAGUGUACACUACUGCCCAGAAUCCAGUUGCCAAAAAGGCAGUUGUUAUCAAGCAGGAGAUAGCCGUGGCCAAAGCUGAACCUCAGAAUGCCAUUUCUCAAUUUUAUGUUAAUCCACAGAGGCAGCCUCAAACUGCAGUUGUUGCCCAACCUCAAGCUUUAUUAACUACCCAAGGAACUGCACAGCUGCUCCUUCCACUGUCUAUCCAGGGAGCGAAUUCUGCCACUGCAGUGCAGCUACCAGUUGGAAAUAUCAAGUUGCAGGCUCAAUCACAAGCUGGAAUACAGACCCCAUCACAAAUUCCUGCUCCCAUUUCUUCCUCUGGCCUGGUCCAGACAGCUCCUCAGAUGCACACUGCACAGUCAAACCAAAGCCCCAGCACGCAGCACGCACUCGCUCAGACCCAGCAAGUCAGAAAGGUUUUCCCACCUACCACAUCAAAUGCAGUGUUUUCCUAUCAGACUGCACCAGUUACAACACCGUCACAAUCUUUUAUUAAUAAACCAUCCAACUCUAACAUUCACACUGGUGGUAAUCAGGUCCCCCCUGUGCAGAAUGGACCUGCUACUCCCAGUAAGCCUGGCUCCCCAUCUCAAGCCCAGCCCUACAUUGUGCAGCAGCCCCUCUUCAACAACACAGCGUCCAAGACAAAAGACCCUCCUCGUUACGAAGAGGCCAUAAAACAGACCCGCAGUAUUCAGACACCACACCGUGAGAUUUCCAGUGCACACAGUCAGCAGAUGGAUGAUCUGUUUGAUAUUCUCAUCAAGAGUGGAGAGAUUUCCCUUCCAAUAAAGGAAGAACCAUCUCCCAUAUCUAAAAUGAGACCAGUAACGGCCAACAUCACUACAAUGCCAGUGAACACAGUGAUAUCCCGUCCACCUCCACAAAUCCAAAUGGCCCCUCCUCCUGUGUCCUUAGAUCCAACCACCAAUUUGUAUGUAAGUUUGGAAAACCAACUUGAAGCCCUUUUGGAUGGAACUUUACCAUCAGGUAAUGAAAUUCCUCAACUGACAGGCAGUAAUGAGGACAGAGAGUCCUUUUCUCUGAUUGAAGACCUCCAGAAUGAUCUGCUUAAUCACUCAAGCAUUUUAGAUCACUCUCAUUCACCCAUGGAAACAUCUGACCCACAGUUUACCACUAACAGUUCUUGUCUGUCUCUUGACCUUCCCGAUACAAAUUUGGACAAUAUGGAAUGGCUGGACAUCACAAUGCCCAGCUCCUCAUCUGGACUCACCCCUCUCAGUUCUGCUGCCCCGAGCGUGUUUUCCACUGACUUUGUAGAUCCACAAGAUCUACAGUUGCACUGGGAUUGAGCUGUAGCCAAUGAGAACACGACCUGCAAGUCUCUUCACAGCAGGGGUCCAUUAUCAUACCAUCCUGAUUGUGGUUCAGAUAAAUUAGAACAGUAAUGUUUGGAAGAACAAAUGCUUGAAGCUGAUUCCUUAUUGAUUUCCAAGUUUACAACAGUGAAUUACUUUAUGCACGUACUGGUAAUGCAGAUCAGGGCCCUCUGAAAGCUGUAUUUCACUAGAGAGGAUGAUUGUACUUACUGAUUAAAAGUACCCCAAGGUAAAUGCAUCACAAAUAUUUAAGAAAGAAGUUAUGUCUCUGACUUUGUAAUGCUUAAAUGAGCAACACAAUGUGGCUAAACUUGGAGUGAGAUGUCAACUGUCUGUAUUGACACAGUGAGCAAAUGUCUGGGGGAGGGGAAGGAAUCACUGCACUUCAUUGUUCCUGUGGACAGCCUGAGCCAGGGUCAGAAUCCAUUGGGAGGGCAAAGGCAAGUAGAAGCACUGGCUGGUUCAGUGAAACUUCACAUAUCUAGUCUCUUAAUUUGUUCAAGUUGUUUUUAUAUUUUGGUUUUGUGGUUUUUAAAACACUUCCCCCAUUCUUUAAUCAUGAGGGAGGAAUUUAACUGCAUCCAAAGGGAUAUUAAGUGUAACUGCAAGAAAUCCACUGUAGCUACACCAGGUAAUAUUGAGAACACUGAAUUUUCUAUAGCAAUGCUCUGGAUUUAAUAGAUAGGUUUUAAUGUGUAUAUCAGACGUUAUUUGUAUACUCUUUUAACGUUAUAUAGCUUAUUUUUGUGGACAGAGGGGAACACAGUGGUCUUCAAACAAGAGAUUACUCUAGUGGAAAUAAAUAUCCUACUUCGUUUUGUGUUUGAGGAUAUUUGUUAGAUCAUUGAAUCCAGUAUCUCAGCAGAUUAGAACAGUUUGAGGAAGUAGAAAAGUUUAAUUAAUGCUUUUGUACACUAUGAUCCUGCAAGCAUCUAUGCAAGAACAGUCCCAAUGCCCCCAGUAAAAGGUGUUUGUAGGAUGAGGUCGAGUUGCAGGGGACAGUACUGACAGGACAACCAUCAUUUCUUAAGGAGUACUUUAUCUGUUGAACAGUUUUGUCUACCACUACAUAACAUCAGGGAAGCCAACAGAGAAGCUGCUCAGUGAGAAUCCUAAUGUAUCAGGAUGUACUGUUUUGUGAUAAGAAGGCAUAUUUCAUACCUGAAACAGAUAAUAGCAAAAAUUAAGCUCUUACCUCACAGCACAGCACAUGAAAAUACUAUUUUUUUAAAGCCCUCGGUUGUUGUCUUCAGAGUCUAUUAUGAAAGCAGUUAGAAAGACAAGCAAAAAAUGCAAAUAGAAUUCAUAUACUUUGACAUUCUAUGGUUGUCUCUCAGGUAAUAGCUGUUAAAUGUUGCCAUAGAUGAUGGAGGCUGAUAAUCAAAUAAAAUUGGAAUUAUUUCUUACUAGGGAAUUCUUAAAUUAAGAUAAAAGGAAACAGUCCCCUGUUUCCUGAAAUAGGGAAACAUUUUCUAGUCUGAAAACUGAUCUCAUUGCAUGGUUCUUUCUUCCCCACUAACCUACAAGAAUAACAUUUUGUAGGAAUGAAUGAACAAAUGCCCUGAAGCUCUUGCUUCCUUCUUAGAACAAUGACAUGUAUCAAAGAAAUGCUGGAACCAGAAAGUAGCUGUUACCUAUAUAGCAACCUUUAUCCCAUUUUAAAAACCACAAUCAGUUAACAUCAAACAAAAAUCCUUUUGUCAAAAAGUUUUGUAGAAUUAACUGCAAAUUUAUACCUCCAGAUACAAUGCAGCCUGGUUUACUACUACUACAGAAUUCCCUUGGCUUCAGAUAAAGUAGUGGAUUAUGUCAUCAAUUCAGGGUUUAAACCAUAUCAUAUGUUUGCAUCAUAUCAGUUACAGCACUUUAAAUCCUUCUAUCUCUUCACUAGUUUUACUGGCCAAGAUUUACUUCAAUAUGAAACUAAGUACAGCAAAACAAUCAAUGGAGAUUUUAAUUACACCAAGCUGAAAGACAUAUUUCCUUGUUCUUGCUCACUGUGCCUCCAGCAUCGAGUAGUGUUACAUGUGGACUGUCUGCCUUAAACUUAGAUGGUUUAGAACUCUUCAAGAACACUGAACACUCACAUUCAACUUUCUGCAUUCCUUUUUAGCACACUCUCUUGGGAGCUAAUACUCUGAGAUACUAAGUGCCCUCAGCUGUUAGGAGAGUAAGAAUUAAGGACUCUUGGUCUGGUAGGAACAACUCUGAAUGAAAUUUAGUGUUCUGCAGUACUGUCAGUUUAUUAUGUGUGAUACACCAGACAUCAUACCACAUUUGUGUGGUUAGAAUUAUCCCUUUUUUUUUGACCCUACCUUCUGAUUAAAUAAGAGGCAAGUAAAUUAAUUUUUAGAGGACAAAUUAACCUAGAGCAACUGUACUGUCAUUUUUGAUGUGCAUGUAAAUAGAGCUUGAACCUGGCAGUCAUCUUGCUACCAAACUAUCGUCCUUGGCAGUGUAGGAUGUUAACUAACCCAUAGGAAUCUAUGUGCAGAAAUAAACCCAAACAGUUGAGCUGUCUUGUUAGCAGUACAGUGUAGCUUUCUACUCUUUGAAAAAAAAAUUUAAAAAUUAAGGGAUCAUUUUAGUUUCUGAAGUACAACUAUUCUAGCGUAGGGAAUGUGUGAUUACUUUUUUGUACAUUUCAGAAUUGUGUAUUGAACCUUAUAUAAAAUGGUUUGCUUUAGACUUUGUUCUGAAAUGUGAUAUGUUUGCCAUAGUUGUAUAUGCCUGUUUAUGGCAGAAAUAGGUUUUGCUUAGACUUUUGUGUGUGCAUGUUUUACAUGAAAAUUUUUGUAGCACAAAUACAAUACAUCUUAGAAAUUGAAUCAUGGCUGUGCAGUUCGACUGCACAGAACUGAAUAUUUCUCAUUAAGAGAACAGUUGCAAAGGAAUGCACUGGCACUACAUUUGCCAUGCAAUGGCUGCAGUGUACUAACGAUGCAUUCUAUCAAAUGUGGUGGUAGGUCCUUCAGAGUAAUCAGACACACCAUUGUAUCUGUGUGAAAACCCGAAGUUGGUGUUUACACUUCUAGACAGAGAGCUCAGCCACGUUUUAAAGGCUGAUGUUAAUCAGGAGUCACAUCCUGUGUUUGAUGUAGAAAUGGUGUUUGUUACACACUUCUAGUGCCAUUCAGCAGCAGUUACAGCAAGGAAGUUUACAGCAAAAUUCUGUUUGACAUUAUAGUUCCAAAAGCAUUGUCAUAAAUACAGCAGUUCUCUCUGAGAAUGAAAUUAAUUUAUGGCAGUUGUUGUCUGCAGAAAUUUGGAGUGUAAUCCAGCAAUGUGGGCUUGCAAAAUCAGACCUUUAAAAAGCCGAGGCCUCAGCUUUUAGAAAGAAUCACUAAAUACUGGCAUUUCUAAAUUCACCAACGGGAGUCACGUUCAGGGAACGUGGUGAUCAAAACAGAGGUGUCAGUAUUAAACUCCAACAUCCAGGUGCCUCAAAAGUGUCAGCACCACAAUUGGAACCCAAGCACAAGCUGCUGAACUAUUUUCAAGACAGAGAAAAUGCAGUCACAGAAUCCAUUGAACUGGAAGGGCAUUAUGUAAUCAAAACAAAGGAAAGCUCACCGAUGUAAACAAUUAUUAUUAUUUGGAUGGCAUCUUCAGUGUAUUAUAAACUUAAAGCAAACUCUAUUAAAACUGGAAAAAAACCUCUUCCACUUAUCUCUAGUAAAUGUUCUGUUGAAAGCCUUUAUAUUGUGGUCUAUUAAAUUGCCCUUGGAUGACUUCUAGACCUUGGUGCAGAUGGUGUUUUAUGUGAGAUACGUGGAAUUGCGUUGCAUGCAGUACAUACGUGGCCAAUAAAGAGCAGCCAUUAAAAGCUGAAGUAAUCUCAAAUAUUCCUUUUAUACCAGUUUGCUAGGUAAAGUGCAAAAAAGAGACACCUACAUCAUUCUGUAGUGUCCAACACUGAAUAUAAAGAUUUUUAAGUUAAAAGUGCAUAAACGUAUUUGUAGAAAUCUAGCCAAAAAAAAAAAAAGCCAUUCUAGCUAUGAGAGCAAAUUCUCAAAUAAAAGCAGGGAAUGGUUAAUAACUAUAUAAUCACAUUAUUUUUGUAAAAAAUACAGCUCAGAUAUUCAAAAGACAGCCUAAAAUAAAUUAUAAUAAUAUAAAAUUUAAAUAGGAACCAAAGCAUUGCCAUUUAUAUUGCCAAAGGAGGCACUUUGUACUUUGAAGCAUAGGAAAUUAAACCCCCCAAAGUGUUACCCAUACUUUUUUAAAAUCAAGGAUGUAGAUAAUUUCAAAGCUGUUUUUGAUGUUUAACAGUACAGAUUUGUUUUUGUUGUUUGAGAAAUUUGUAGUAAGUAAUAGCACAGGCUUUUUUCCAGCUAGGAUUCCCUUCACAGAACUGCUUGCAGUAGGAACAACGCUAACCCCAGGAGCUGUUCCUCUUCUUAUUUUCACAGUCAUAAUUAUGUCUUAGCAUCUCAUUUAGUGAAAAGAAGAAGACAGACACCUGUCUCUGGGGCCCUCUUCAUUUAAGCACUACUUUACUAAAUGCAAAUUAUGGCAAUCAGGGCGUCAGUUUAUGUAUUGCCUUUCUAUAAGAAACCAUGAUGCCUUUGUAUUUGCUGUUUGCACCCCUGAACUCAAUUCCAUACGUUUGAAUGCCAUAUGUUUUGCACAUUGUACUGUAUAUAUGUAAUGCAUACUGUAUUUUUAUAUGUGUACUACAUUUAUCAAAUAUUUUGUACAUAGUGGCAAUAUUGUAGCUACUGAGGAAAUGUUUGAUAUUUCAGCAUUUUUGCUAAGUGUCUCAAAUAAAAAAGGAAAACUGUG